AUCACUCUGCAGUUCCCCGCUGCCGCUGCUCCGAAGGAGGUGCUGAAACCAUAUAGAUCUCGCUCUGUUACCUCUACCACCGCCGACAUUUGCAGCCAUUUUACACAAGCCGAACGGAAUCAUGUCGUGAGGCAUCACAUCACCUGGGACGACCGGACCCAGCUACGUCUGGACCGCGACAAGUCGACAAGAUGGUGAAGCGGAAAAGCCUGGAUGAGACCGACACGGAGUGCGGCAAGGGUAUACCGUUCCCGAUCCAGACCUUCUUGUGGAGGCAGACCAGCGCGUUUCUGAGGCCGAAGUUGGGGAAACAAUAUGAGGCAUCUUGUGUGUCCUUUGAGCGGGUGCUGGUGGAAAACAAGCUCCACGGUCUCUCCCCGGUGCUGUCGGAGGCCAUCCAGAGCAUCUCUCGCUGGGAGCUGGUCCAGGCCGCCCUGCCCCACGUGCUCCACUGCACCGCCAUCCUGCUCUCUAACAGGAACAAGCUGGGUCACCAGGACAAGCUGGGCGUGGCGGAGACCAAGCUGCUCCAUACCCUUCACUGGAUGCUACUGGAGGCGGCCCAGGAGUGCAACCAGGAGCCCAGCCUGGGCCACGGAUGGUCGGGAGGCAGCAGCAGCUCAGCCUUCCUCCAGCCAAUGGGGAUUGGGAACCAGGGUUCCCCGCCAGCCAGAGGUGGCCAAGGUGGCCCAGGAUCAGGGACCGGUUCUGGGUCAGGAGCGCCACGCUGUAGCGGGUCCCUGGAGGAGGAUGAGCACGCCCGCACCAAGCUCUUCCACAAGAGCAUGGCCACUGUGGAGCUGUUUGUCUUCCUCUUUGCUCCCCUCAUUCACCGCAUCAAGGAGUCUGAUCUGACUUUCCGAUUGGCCAGUGGUCUCAUCAUAUGGCAGCCAAUGUGGGAGCACCGGCAACCUGACGUCCCCGCCUUCUCUGCCCUCAUCAAGCCUGUGAGGAACAUUGUGACAGCCAAGAGGAACUCCCCGGUGAACAACCAGUGUAGCCCCUGUGGGUCCAGAAACCAAGGCCCCAUGGGUUUCCAGGUGGUCUGUGAAACGGCCCAAUCAGAUUCAUCCUCCCCCGGGGCUGGAGAGCAGAGCUGUCGCCGCGGCAACUCAGUGGAAAGAGGUGGGCCGUCAACGCGACAGGCUCCACUCGACAAAGGGAUCGCCAAGAAGAAGACCUCUGCCCCAGCGGGCAUCUCCGUCUCCCUGGCCCAGCGUGCCCGCUACGCCACCUACUUUGACGUGGCAGUCCUGCGCUGCCUGCUGCAGCCCCACUGGACGGAGGAGGGGGUGCACUGGGCCCUCAUGUUCUACCUGCAGCGCCUGCGUCAGAUCCUGGAGGAGCGCCCGGAACGCCCGCCGGAGCCACUGGUCCCGCCUCUGCCCCGCCCUCGCAGCAGCUCCAUGGUGGCCACCGCCCCCUCUCUCGUCAACACCCACAAGACUCAGGACAUGAGUCUGAAAUGCAAUGAGGAGGAUAAGUCCCUCAGCUCAGAGACCUUCUCUAAGGUGUCCCUGACCAACCUGCGCAGACAGGCUGUACCCGACCUUUCCUCUGACCUGGGGAUGAACCUCUUUAAAAAGUUCAAGAACCGGCGGGAGGACCGUGAGCGUAAGGGCUCCAUCCCGUUCCACCACACGGGCAAGAAGCGCCAGCGCCGCAUGGGUGUGCCCUUCCUGCUCCACGAGGACCACCUGGAUGUGUCCCCCACCCGAUCCACCUUCUCCUUCGCCAGCUUCUCUGGCGACGACCGGCGGGCGCUGGAGCGCGGGGGCUGGCAGGCUACCAUCAUGGGUAAGUUGACGCGGCGAGGGAGCACAGACACGGCUGCAGACACAGACAACCUGAGUGCUAAACACUCACACUCCCAUCACUCCCUGCUCAGAGACAUGCCAGACCACUCCAACAGCCACGGAGACAACACUGUUCACGCCAAGGGGGAGGUGCGUUCACAGAUCUCCACCAUCACCAUGGCGACGUUCAACACCACAGUAGCGUCCUUCAACGUGGGCUAUGCCGACUUCUUCACCGAACACAUGAAAAAGCUGUGUAACCCUGUACCCAUCCCAGAGAUGCCCCACGAGACGCUGGCGUGCGCCAACCUGCCCCGGAGCUUCACCGACUCGUGUAUCAACUACUCAUGCCUGGAGGAGGGAGACAACAUCGAGGGCACCAACAACUUCAUCCUGAAGAAUGGCAUGCUGGACCUUACGGCCAUCCUGCGGGCGGUCUACGCCGUGCUGACCCACGACAUCAGCUCACGCAUCUGUGACGUGUCGCUCAACAUCAUCGACUGCCUGCUGCAGCUGGGGGUAGUGCCGGGCAUGGGAAAGAAGCUCUCCAAGCCCGACGACAAGGAGAACGAUGAGACACGCCUCCCGAAGGAGGGGGCCAAUCAGAGCCUGAGUGGCGCCCAAGGGGGCGUGUCUGGAGGGUGCAGCGGGGCGGCACCAGGAGGAGGGGGUGGAGGAGGAGGAGGAGGGGGGGAUGGAGGAGGAGGUGGGGGAAGUGGAGGAGGGAGCGGAGGAGGAAGCAAGGACGAUGUGAAGAACAAUAAGGAGAAAGACAGCAAGGAGGACGGCUCUUCACUGAGUACCCACCGGCUGGCUCUUACCAUGCUGAUCAAGAUGGUCAAGUCUCUGGGUUGUGCCUACGGCUGUGGGGAGGGCCACAGAGGACUGUCAGGGGACCGGCUCCGCAUGCAGGCCCAGAACUGCCUGACCAACCUGUAUAAGCUGGACAAGCUGCAGUUCCGUCAGACCAUGAGGGACUACGUCAACAAGGACUCGCUCAACAACAUCGUGGACUUCCUGCACGCACUCCUGGGCUUCUGCAUGGAGCCCAUCACCAACAAUAAGGCCGGGUUCGGGAACAACUUCACCACGGGGGACAACAAGUCUCUGGCCCAGAACAUGGAGGCAGUGGUGGUGGGCUGCAUGUUCAAGUCUCUGAUCACUCGCUGUGCUUCCACCACGCACGAGCUGCACAGCCCUGAGAACCUGGGUCUGUACUGUGACAUCCGCCAGCUGGUGCAGUUCAUCAAGGAGUCCCAUGGCAACGUGUUCCGCAGGGUGGCACUGAGCGCGCUCCUGGACUCGGCCGAGAAAGUGGCCACCACCAAGAAGCCAGAGGAGAAAGAGGAGCCUAUCACCAAACCUACAGCAUCCAGGAGGUCAGAGGCAGGUGUGUCUGGGGAAAAGGGAGGGCAGCCGUCCACCGCUGCAGACGAGUGCCGCAGCUGCAUAUCCAGCCGCCCCCCCCAGACACCAGAGCAUGAUGAACAGAUUCCGGGGGCUCUGCUGGGCAAGAAGGACUUCUGGAGGAAAAUGUUCAAGUCACAGAGUGCUGCCAGCGACACCAGCAGCCUAUCAGAGCAGGACACGUCGGAAUGCACCACCGCCCACUCAGGCACCACCACGGACCGACGCACCCGCUCACGCUCCCGACGCAUCUCCCUGCGCAAGAAGCUCAAGCUGCCCAUCGGUAACUGGCUUAAGCGAUCAUCUCUCUCUGGGCUGACCGACGGGGUCGAGGACUUGUUGGACAUCAGCUCUGUGGACCGACUCUCCUUCAUCCGCCAGAGCUCCAAGGUGAAGUUCACCAGCAACGUGAAGCUGUCAGAGGGCGGCGGGGGAGCGGGGGGCGUGGAGUACGGCCGGGACGAGGAGGAGAAUUUCUUCAAGCGGCUCGGGCCCCAGGGGUUCCAGGAGCGCCUGGCAGCCAGCCAGGAGGCCAUGAAGAACAAGAACGUGGUGAACCUGACCGCCAUCCGCCAGGGCAUGAAACGCUUCCAGUUCCUGUUGAACUGCUGCGAGCCAGGCACCAUCCCUGACGCAUCCAUCCUGGCCGCUGCGCUCGACCUGGAAGCUCCCGUGGUUGCCAGAGCCUCCUUGUUCCUGGAGUGCGCCCGCUUCGUCCACCGUUGUAACCGUGGCAACUGGCCCGAGUGGAUGAAGGGUCACCACGUGAACAUCACCAAGCGGGGUCUGUCUCGGGGACGAUCGCCCGUGGUGGGAAACAAGAGGAACCAGAAGCUCCAGUGGAAUGCAGCCAAGCACUUCUGUCAAUGGGGAGAUGCCAUUGGUACGCGUCUCAGUGAGCUGUGCCACUCAGACAGCGAGAGUCCUGCCAACAUCCUGGGUUUUAUCUACGACGAGGAGACCAAGCGAAGAUUGAGAAAGGAGGACGAGGAGGAGGACUACUUAGACGACAAUACAGUCAACCCAACAAAAUGCGGCUGUCCUUUCGCUCUCAAGAUGGCCGCCUGCCAGUUACUGCUGGAGAUCACCACCUUCCUCAGAGAGACAUUCCCCUGCCUCCCCCGGCCACGCACAGAGCCCCAAGUGGAUUUGGAGAGCUGUCGAUUGAGGCUGGACCCUGAGCUGAGUCACCACCGUUAUGAGAGGAAGAUCAGCUUUGCCGGUAUCCUAGACGACGAGGACGGCCAUGACUCUUUGAACAGCAGCAGCCACACACUCAAGUCUGACACGGCCUGCGACGACAAGAAGUCCCAGGAGCCUCUGGCUCCCAUCAGGAAGAGUCGUGCCGGGGGCUCUCGCCUGCUGCAGAUCAAGGGGGCCAGGAGUUUCAGGGUGAAGAAGGGGGGCUCUCUGUCCUCCAUCCGCCGGGCCGGCAGCCUGAAGAGCACCAAGAUGUCCCGCCAAGACUCAGAGUCAGAGAACGAGGAGGGACUGCUGUCCCAGAGCAGGGACACUGUCACUGACAUAGGAAGUCCAUGGAGCACCAGUGAACCCAGUAUUGAGCCGGAGGGUUCAGGAGGCACCGGCGGAGCAGAGGACAACUACCACCGUAACAUGUCCUGGCUACAUAUCAUGAUUCUGCUGUGCAACCAGCAGAGUUUCAUCUGUACCCACGUGGAGUUCUGCCACCCACGCUGCUACCAGCACCACAGCCGCUCCUGUGCCCGCCUGGUGCGUGCCAUCAAGCUGCUCUACGGGGAGACAGUGGACAGCCUGAGAGAAGACAGUGCAGGGAACAUCAGUAGCCGGUCCAAGAAAAACAAGGAGUGGUCAGACAAGUCAAGUCUGAGGACCCCGUCCAUGAAGAGACGCCCCAAAGACUCCAACACCGAGGGCAAGAAGGACACGGGCAUGCUCAAGUACAUCCGCAACCAGGUGUUGAGCCUGUCCCCAGCUCCUCUGUCACUGCUGAUCAAGGCGGCGCCCAUCCUGACAGAGGACAUGUACGCAGACGUCCAGCCUGCAGCCUGGGAGCUCCUGCUGAGUGUGGACGAGCAUAUGGCUGCCGCUGCUGCUGCCAUGUUCUUGCUGUGUGCGGUGAAGGUGCCUGACGCGGUGACAGAGAUGAUGAUGGCUGAGUUCCAGCACGCUGAGGCGAGCCAGCGCAUCAACUCGGUUUUCAAGUUCUACACGCUGUGGCGCUUCCGCUACCAGGUGUGGCCGCGCAUGGAGGAGGGUGCCCAGCAGAUCUUCAAGAUCCCUCCGCCCAGCAUCAACUUCACCCUGCCCUCACCUAUCCUGGGCAUGCCCUGUGUGCCCAUGUUUGACCCGCCCUGGGUACCUUCCAACACUGGCAGUGUCCAAGACCCAAUCAACGAGGACAACUCUAAAUCUUUCUCGGCGCGGGCUGUGUCGCGCUCCCACCAGCGUGCAGAGCACAUCCUGAAAAACCUGCAGCAGGAGGAGGAGAAGCGGCGUCUUGGGCGCGAAGCCAGCAUCAUCACAGCCAUCCCCGUGGCCCAGGAGGCCUGCUACGAACCCACCUGCAGCCCCCCACCCGAGCAGGAGGAGGAAGCAGAAGAAGAGGUCAAUCUGGCGUCUCGCCGCAUGUCCGUCACUCCGUCCUGCACCUCCAGUAACUCUCACAGGAACUACUCCUUCCGCCGCGGCUCCGUGUGGUCAGUCCGCUCCGUGGUCAGCGCCGAGGAUGAGGAGAACACUACGGAGCACACGCCCACUCAUCACAUGCUGCAGCCCCCCCAGGCCGUCUUCCCAGCAUGCAUCUGUGCCGCCGUCUUACCCAUAGUGCACCUGAUGGAGGACGGGGAGGUGCGAGAGGACGGUGUGGCAGUGAGUGCAGUGGCCCAGCAGAUCCUGUGGAACUGUCUGAUCGAAGACCCCGCCCUGGUGCUCAGGCACUUCCUGGAGAAGCUCACCGUUAGCAAUCGACAGGACGAGCUGAUGUACAUGCUGAGGAAGCUGUUGAUGAACAUCGGUGACCUCCCAGCCCAGACCUCUCACAUCCUCUUCAACUACCUGGUGGGGCUGAUUAUGUACUUUGUGCGUACUCCGUGUGAGUGGGGUAUGGAUGCCAUCUCGGCCACGCUGACCUUCCUGUGGGAGGUGGUGGGCUACGUGGAGGGGCUCUUCUUCAAGGACCUCAAACAGACCAUGAAGAAGGAGCAGUGUGAGGUCAAGCUGCUGGUCACUGCAUCCAUGCCAGGAACCAAGACCCUGGUAGUGCACGGGCAGAAUGAGUGUGACAUUCCUACCCAGCUGCCUGUACAUGAAGACACUCAGUUUGAAGCCUUGCUCAAGGAGUGUUUGGAGUUCUUCAACAUUCCCGAGUCUCGGUCGGCACACUACUUCCUCAUGGACAAGCGCUGGAACCUCAUUCACUAUUCCAAGACUUUUGUGAGGGACAUCUAUCCGUUCAGGAGGUCUGUGUCUCCCCAGCUCAACCUGGUCCACAUGCUGCCAGAGAAAGGACAGGAACUCAUUCAGAAACAGGUGUUUUCCCGUAAACUGGAGGAGGUGGGCCGUGUUCUAUUCCUCAUCUCCCUGACCCAGAACAUGCCGGCCAUCCACAAACAGUCCCAUGUGUCCAUGCUCCAAGAAGACCUGCUCCGCCUGCCCUCCUUCCCCCGCACGGCCAUCGACGGAGAGUUCUCUCUCUUCAGCGAGCCACAGGGCAAGGAGCUCUUCGGCCUGGACACUCUCCACAAAGUCCUGUGGAUCAAACUACUAGAAGAGAUGUUUCUGGGCAUGCCCAGUGAGUACCCGUGGGGGGACGAGAUCAUGCUCUUCCUGAACGUGUUCAACGGUGCCCUGCUGCUGCACCCCGAGGACAGCGCCCUCCUCAGGCAGUACACGGCUACUGCCAUCAACACGGCCGUUCACUUCAACCACCUGUUCUCCCUGAGUGGAUACCAGUGGCUCCUCCCCACCAUGUUGCAGUCCUAUGCUGACUAUGAGAGUAACCCGCUGCUGAGACAGGGGAUAGAGUUCUGCGUCAGACAGUUCUACAUCCUGCACCGUAAACCCUUCAUCCUCCAGCUGUUUGCCAGCGUGGCCCCACUGCUGGAGUUCACAACCUGCACCAGUACAGGCCUGUCUAAGGGGGUGUCUGCUCAGUGCCUGUUUGACCUGCUGGUCUCUCUGGAGGGAGAGACGCGUGAUACCCUGGAUGCCCUGGAGCUGGUCAAGGCUGAAAAACCCCUACGAUCCCUGGACUUCUGCUAUGGUAGUGAGGACCUGGCCUUCUCCAUCAGUGAGUCCAUCAAGCUGUGUGUGACGGUGGUGGCCUACGCCCCAGAGUCUUUCAGGAGCCUACAGAUGCUGAUGGUGCUGGAGGCCCUGGUGCCAUGUUUUCUCCAGAAACUGAAGAGCAACACCAUGACCAUGGAGUCAGCCUCGGCAGCGCGGGACGAGAUCGCCGCCAUCGCCGCCCUGGCCACCUCCCUGCAGGCCCUGCUCUACAGCUCAGAGACCCUCACACGGCCUAUGACUGCCCCCCAGUUGAGUCGCUGUGAUCAGGGACACAAAGGUGCAACGACUGCCAACCACGCCAUGUCUGGAGGGCCCAACACCAGUCGCCUUGUGUCCGGCAUCAGGGACAACCUUCACCUGUUGGAGGAGGGCCAGGGGAUGCCUCGCGAGGAGAUGGACGAGCGGAUCGCCCGUGAGGAGUUUCGCCGGCCCCGGGAGUCCCUCCUGAACAUCUGCACUGAGUUCUACAAGCACUGCGGCCCGCGCCUCAAGAUCCUGCAGAACGUGGCCGGGGAACCCCGUGUCACCGCCUUAGAGCUGCUGGACAUCAAGUCCCACAUGAGAUUGGCAGAGAUCGCCCACUCCCUCCUCAAGCUGGCCCCCUACGACAGCCUGACCAUGGAGAGCCGAGGCCUGCGGCGCUACGUCACUGGGAUGCUGCCCAUCACCGAUUGGUCGUCCGAGGCCGUGCGGCCCGCCCUCAUCCUCAUCCUGAAGCGGCUUGACCGCAUGUUCAACAAGAUCCACAAGAUGCCUACGCUCAGGAGACAGGUGGAGUGGGAGGCGGCCAGUAGUCUGAUUGAAGGUAUCUGUCUGACUCUCCAGCGUCAGCCAAUCAUCUCCUUCCUCCCUCACCUCCGCUCCCUCAUCAAUGUCUGUGUCAACCUGGUGAUGGGGGUAGUAGGCCCCUCCAGUGUGGCUGAUGGGCUGCCCCUGCUCCACCUGAGCCCGUAUCUGUCCCCCCCUCUACCCUUCAGCACAGCAGUGGUCCGCCUGGUGGCUCUGCAGAUACAGGCUUUGAAGGAUGACUUCCCCCUGAGCCAUGUGAUCUCCCCCUUCACCAAUCAGGAGAGGCGAGAGGGCAUGCUGCUCAACCUGUUGAUUCCAUUCGUGCUGACAGUGGGUUCAGGGAGCAAAGACUCCCCACACCUGGAGCAGCCUGAGGUCUCUCUGCUCCUGCAGACGGUCAUCAACAUCCUCCUCCCCCCGCGCAUCAUCAGCACGUCCCGGACCAAGAACUUCAUGCUGGACACGUCCCCCGCCCACUGCUCCACCCCGGGGGACCAGGGCAAGGACCUGAGGAGAGAGGGCCUGGCCGAGUCCACCAGUCAGGCUGCAUACCUGGCUCUAAAGGUGGUGUUGGUUUGUUUUGAGCGGCAGCUGGGGAACCAGUGGUAUCGCCUCAGCCUGCAGGCCAAGGAGAUGUCUCUGAGGAAGGUGGGAGGCCUGGCCUUCUGGGACUUCAUAGAUUUCAUAGUGCGUACUCGGAUUCCCAUCUUCGUCCUGCUGCGUCCCUUUAUCCAGUGCAAGCUCCUGACCCAGCCAGCUGACUCCCAGGAGGAGAUCACGGCCCGCCACCACAUCGCUGACCAGCUGGAGCGUCGCUUCAUCCCCCGCCCCCUCUGCAAGAGCUCCCUGUUCGCAGAGUUCAACAACGAGCUGAAGAUCCUCAAGGAGGCCGUGCACAGUGGCUCUGCGUACCAGGGCAAGACGUCCAUCAGCACAGUGGGCACGUCCACCUCUGCCUACCGCCUGUCGCUGGCCACCAUGUCCCGGUCCAACACGGGCACGGGCACGGUGUGGGAGCAGGAGAGCCAGCCGUCACGCCAGCCCUCUCAGGACACGCUAAGCCGCACCGACGAGGAUGACGAACAGGAGCAGGAAGAGAAUGACUCUAUCAGUAUUCCCAGUGUGGUGAGUGAACAUGAGGUCUUCCUGCCCAGGCUCAUCACCCAGCGACGCUUCUCUAGUCACGCCACGGGCAGCGCCCAGCCUGAACCCAGCACCCGCAGCACCAUGCUGCCCAGCCACAGUGAACCCAAUGUGCUAGAUGAGUCUCAAGGACUGGAAGAGGGUAACCUGUCUAGGGUGGCCAGUGUGCAGAGUGAACCAGGUCAGCAGAACCUCUUGAACCAACCUCCGCUGGGACGCAAUAGAGGACUGAGACAGUUGCGACGCCCACUGCUGUCUCUUCCGAAGAGUGAGGCGCGAGGACCAGGUCGCUCUGGAGCCCGACUCUCCGCCACCCGCAGGAGCAUCCAGCCCAAGAACAAACCUCUGGAAACUUUAUUGGACUGCGAAGCAACCCACGGAUGGGACCAGAAAAGGGUGGUCACCUUCACAGAGGGCCAGCAGGCUCAGGCAAAGUCCCCCGACCCCGGUGGCGCCAAUGCGCACCCAGAGGGCAGGAAGUCCAGCCCGGCCCCUCCGAUCGCUCCCCCUGCUGCCCCUGGGGCCUCAUCCUCGGCCACCGUCAAAGCUGACCUCCACAGCCCUGCCAAGAAACAGUUAUCGAUGGAGAGCAAGGAGAAACGAGAACAGUGGGGCCUCCGCAGCAGCCUCUCUCCUCGGCCCUCCAUCUCCCGCGCCUCCACCCCCACCCCACCCUCCUCCUGCUCUCCUCUCCCUCCUCCACCUCUCCCCAUCUCCCGCGCCUCCACCCCCACCCCACCCUCCUCAUGCUCUCCUCUCCCUCCUCCACCUCUCCCCAUCUCUCGCACCUGUUCUCCCCUCCCCCCUCUGCCGAUCCUGGGGAUCCGACCCCCCGCUCCCCCCACCCACCUCUUCCAUCCUGGUCCGUCCUCCCAUCAGACCCCCGAGAGCCCCGAGGACGAGGACACGACUGCCCUGCUGGGGAGGAACGCAGACACCCUCCUCCACAUUUCAGAGGACAAUGGGGGCACAGAGAACCCCCUGCUCGCCCCCCUGCUCUCCCCCCGCCGCUUGCCCGCCCUGGCCCCACACCACUCCCCCGCCCUGCCCCCCCGCCGCUCCCCCCUCCCCAUCUCCCCAGUCGACCUGGACCUGGAUGAGUCCCACGUCUGAGAAGCGUCCCUGUAACGUUUCAGUAACGUUUUGUUAACAUUUCAGUAACAAAACUCGUAACGUAACGUUAUAACUAGGGCCAGGAGUUUUUCCCUGACUGAACUUGCGUGACCGCACUAGGAAAAAGUCCUGGCCCUAGUUACAAGGCUCUAAACUACAGACGUAGGCUAUAACUAGGGCCCAGAGUUUUGACCCUUUAGGUUAAAUCACAUGGUCCGGCUGGGGAAACUCCUGGCCCUAGUUAUGACCCUGGCAGGGUAGCUUCUCUAUGUCGGUCCCCUUCUAUAUCUUUGGAGUCUGUGUUUAGACAUUGAGCUGCCUGAUAACUCUGUAUCCUUCUAGCUAACGGAGGUCAGAGGGCGCUUGAAAAAUGAGGAACCUGUUGGAAUACUCUGAAAAUAAAAAUGCAUCCUCCCUUCCUUGAUCUAAUCUGACAUAAAAUGUCUGGUGAAAUCAGUGCAGUAGAAUCCUUGCUCUCACCUAUCCAAUCACGUUAGAUUAGUGAUUACCUCAAGAAAAGGGAGGAAAGAUGCAUCUUUAGAGUAUUAGAACAUGGCCAAGGACCAAUACCUGUUAAGUGUUCUCCUCUUGCCCACUCCCCUGCCCCUCUCUCCCCUUCUCUCUCUACUCUCUUCUGUCCUGUUAGAGCUCCAAGAUGAAAUCCAUACUUCACUAUGUCUACAGUACCAGUGACAGUACAUCCUCACCUCUGACAUUUGAACCCAUCUCAUACCAAAGUAUUCAAAUCAAAUGCAGAAUCAACAUGCCUUCUUCACACGUCAGGGUGGAUUCAUCCAUGGAGUCCCAACAGGUGAUCAAGUGGGACUGUUACUGUUGCUAGGUAGAUCACAUUCUAUUUGUUGUGGUCUAUUGAAAAGAGAAGGGAGAGUGUUUCCAGCCAUUGGCUGCUACAAACAGACAUCUGUUUACCUUUUGGUUGACCUUGUCACCUCCCAAGAACUGUUUACAGUGAAGCUGCUGAAGGGUAAACUGUUGACUAGAGAAAUUAAAUGUAUAUUAGCUAUGAUAUUAUAUAAUAUUAUGAAAUGUAUUAUAUUUAAUCCUGAAGACUAUUUUAAAGAAAGAUUUAAAUAUAUAAUUGUCAAAGUAUUGCAGAGAGGCAUAGUAUGUUUGUCAUUAGGAUAAUAUAUUAGUGGCCUCCCAGGUGGCCACACUGCGGUCUAGGGCACUGCAUCGCAGUGAGGUGUCACUACAGACCCGGGUUCGAUCCCAGGCUGUGUCACAACCGGCCGUGACCAGGAGUCCCAUAGGGCGGUGCACAAUUGGCCCAGCGUGGUCUGGGUUAGGGGAGGGUUUGGCAGGGGGGGCUUUACUUGGCUCAUUGUGCUCUAGUGACUCCUUGUGGCGGGCCGGGCACCUGCAGGCUGACAUUAGAAGUCAGUUAAACGGUGUUUCCUCUGACACAUUGGUGCAUCUGGCCUCCGGGUUAAGUGGGUGGGUGUUAAGGAGCGUGGUUUGGCUGUUUGUUUCAGAGGACGCAUGACUCAACCUUUGCCUUUUUUUGGUGAAAAAAAGGGGGGAAAACCAGAAUGUUUAUUUAUUAAUAGAUGGAUAGAUUGACAUAAUUAUUUAUAAAAUAUUUAUCCUCUUUCUAGGUUUGAUUUAUUGACAAUUGACACACUGGGUGGUUGUUAUUUUCCUGUGGAAGUUGAGUCUGUUAGAUGAGAAGAGGUUCUUUAUGGAGGUUGAGUCUGUUAGAUGACAAGAGGUUCUUUAUGGAGGUUGAGUCUGUUAGAUGAGAAGAGGCUCUUUAUGGAGGUUGAGUCUCUUAGAUGAGAAGAGGCUCUUUAUGGAGGUUGAGUCUGUUAGAUGAGAAGAGGCUCUUUAUGGAGGUUGAGUCUGUUAGAUGAGAAGAGGCUCUUUAUGGAGGUUGAGUCUCUUAGAUGAGAAGAGGCUCUAUAUGGAGGUUGAGUCUGUUAGAUGAGAAGAGGUUCUUUAUGGAGGUUGAGUCUGUUAGAUGAGAAGAGGCUCUUUAUGGAGGUUGAGUCUGUUAGAUGAGAAGAGGUUCUUUAUGGAGGUUGAGUCUGUUAGAUGAGAAGAGGCUCUUUAUGGAGGUUGAGUCUGUUAGAUGAGAAGAGGCUCUUUAUGGAGGUUGAGUCUGUUAGAUGAGAAGAGGCUCUUUAUGGAGGUUGAGUCUGUUAGAUGAGAAGAGGCUCUUUAUGGAGGUUGAGUCUGUUAGAUGAGAAGAGGCUCUUUAUGGAGGUUGAGUCUGUUAGAUGAGAAGAGGUUCUUUAUGGAGGUUGAGUCUGUUAGAUGAGAAGAGUCCAAAGCGCUAUAAGUGGGGCAGGUCAUAUUUGGAAGACAAUCCUAACAUCAACUGAAGUACAAUUAGGGUCUCCAUAUAACUGAGGUUCAGCAUUGUAGCACGCUUGAAAUGUGAAGGUAAUUUCAGAUUGAGCCGACAUAAGUAGCGUUUGCUGUGAAUGCAGUCUCCACUAACGCGGGAAACCUUUGCAUUUAAAUGUCAGACAGGCUACAACACAGAACUUCUGCGAUACGGAUUGAGUCCAGCCCUUAGUCGUGCAUUCAUGUCAAUGGGAAACUAAGUGGACAUCUUGUCAAAGUUAGGUUUCGCCCCUUCGAGGGUAAAGGUCUUGUUUUAGUAUGAUGAAUGUAAAACUAUCAUACCAUACCACAACUAACAGCUCACUGGGCACAUACGUCACUUCAACGGUUAAAAGUUGGGUAAAAAUAAGUUGAUUCAACGUCAUCACAGUGAUUAUUUUGGUUGAAAUGACGUGGAAACAAUGUUGAUACAACCAGUUUUGGCCCAGUGGACGGAUGUUGUUUUAUGUGUAACCAAAUCCAGGUUCUGUUUUGAAUAGCCUCCAAAGUAAUAGUGACCUUCUGUUGUACUGAAAGCAUCAUGCAUAAAGAAUAGGUAACUGGUUAUGGGCAACGUGGUAUUAUUAGUAUGUCCCAGUAAUGUCAGAGAGUUUAUAAUGAUGCUUUUUAUUGUUGUGUUUUCAAUGUCUUGAAGAAAGGUUUCUAGUACUCAAAACAUUAUGGCAACAAGAUCCCUGAUUCUUAGUUGUAGCAGUUAGGAUACCUCCUUGUUCAACUUAUGCCUUAAACUAGAGAACUGGGAGGACCCCUCCAGCUCCUUGAUAAUGGUCUGUUCCCUGACUGAGGUCCCCUUAUGUGCCAUGGGGCUUGGUACAGUCCAAACCUGAGAUGGGUGUGCUGCAGUCUACCAUCUUCUGGUUAAUGUUGGUUUUGCACCAGAUCAGUGAAAAGAGGAUGUUUUUUACACAGUUUAGUUCAUAACUACAUUAGGAACAACUUCCUAAUAUUGAGUUGCACACCCUUUUCCCCCUCAAAACAGCUUCAAUUGGUUGAGGCACGGACACUGAAAGUUGUGGAAAGUGUUCCACAGGGGUGCUGGCCCAUGUUGACUCCAAUGCUUCCCACAGUUGUGUCAAGUUGGCUGGAUGUCCUUUGGGUGAUGUACCAUUCUUGAUACACAUGGGAAACUGUUGGGCGUGGAAAAACCCAGAAACAUUGCAGUUCUUGACACAAACCGGUACGCCUGGCACCUAAUACCAUAUCCCCUUGAAAGGCACUUAAAUCAUUAGUCUUGCCUAUUUACCCUCUGAAUGGCACACAUACACAAUCUGUGUCUCAAUUGUCUCAAGGCUUAAAAAUAAUUCUUUAACCUGUCUCCUCCCCUUCAUCUACACUGACUGAAGUGGAUUUAUGAGGGAUCAUAGCUUUCACCUGGAUUCACCUGGUCAGAGCAGGUGUUCCUAAUGGUUUGUACACACAGUUAUAUGUAAAAGGAAGAACUGGGCUUUUCCUGAAUAUCUUCUACCAUUUCCCCGUGUUUGACGGCGUCAGUGCAGAAGCGUUAGUAGUGAUAUGAAUAGGUGCCAUAAUGCACAUAUGACUAUUGCACUGUGAGUCAGUCUCAUAGCUGUGUCUGCUUCUGUGUGUGAUCUAAAUGUACUGCUGUGUAGUUCCCACAGAGGCUGGUUAUCAGAUCUAUAGUGCCCAUAUCGUUAGAGGGGUUAUCAGAUCUAUAGUGCCCAUAUCGUUAGAGGGGUUAUCAGAUCUAUAGUGCUCAUAUCGUUGGAGGGGUUAUCAGAUCUAUAGUGCUCAUAUCGUUAGAGGGGUUAUCAGAUCUAUAGUGCACAUAUCGUUAGAGGGGUUAUCAGAUCUAUAGUGCCCAUAUCGUUAGAGGGGUUAUCAGAUCUAUAGUGCCCAUAUCGUUAGAGGGGUUAUCAGAUCUAUAGUGCUCAUAUCGUUGGAGGGGUUAUCAGAUCUAUAGUGCUCAUAUUGUUAGAGGGGUUAUCAGAUCUAUAGUGCACAUAUCGUUAGAGGGGUUAUCAGAUCUAUAGUGCCCAUAUCAUUCUAGAACCCACGGGGGAUAAUACAAAAGUCUAUUAUACUGUAUAAGCCAAUUAUACUGUAGGCGACAUCUUCUGGUGUCCCUGUGGACAUGUGUUGUCUUGUCAGUGCUAACGGUCAGUGUCUGUCCGUGUGUGUAGUGCCAAUGCUCUCUGCUGCUGAGCUGUCCUUGUGCAGAUGCUUUCUGGGAGGUUGGCAUGGAGACUUAUUCAUCAAACGUGCCAUACAUUCCAAAGUCAUCUGCAUUCUGCAGUUUGUCCCAUGUAAUGCACUGUUGAAGUGCUCUACUUCAAACUGGAACUGUUUUGGGUGAGCGAUCUAUUUAGGAUUGCAAAAUGUCGAACUUUUCCAAAAUAACCAGGUUUUACAGAAAUCUUGGUUGGAGGAUCCCGGAUUUCUUGUCUAUUACUUUCUGAUUCCUUGACUCUUCCAACUAGUAUAUCAGGAGUUUGAGGAAAGUUACCAGAAUCUGGAGACCUGAGUUCUAUUGCAUUGUCAAUUACAAUUUGUAGUACCGGUAAGCACACUGUAUUGCUUUAAACAUAAUCAGAAAAUGAUAUUUUUAGAUGAUUGCCAACUCAUAGCUAACGCGUGCGUAACAUUCUGUGGACAACUUGUUAAUUGAUGAUGUUUGUCGCAAUGAAAUAUGUUUCUAGUUUGUUUAGUUUAGUUCUAUUUCUUACAUGUUAUGGAGGAUAGCUGGAUCUGUGUUGUUCUGGCUCUGGGAAUAACCUUUCCAUAAACUAGGAAGUUUACCUCAAAGUCCACAUGCUAGGGGCGGCAAGUAGCCUAGUGGUUAGAGCGUUGGACAAGAAAAAGCUGACAAGGUAAAAAUCUGUCGUUCUGCCCCUGAACAGGCAGUUAACCCACUGUUCCUAGGCCGUCAUUGAAAAUAAGAAUUUGUUCUUAACUGACUUGCCUAGUUAAAUAAAGAUAAAAUGCUGUAUGGUGGAGCUGUGAGAUAUUCAGAAGUGUGUGUGUCAAAUGCAGGGGCCCCCAGGGGUGGUUAGCAGUGGAGGCUGGUGGGAGGAGCUAUAGGAAGACAGGCUCAUUGUAAUGGCUGGAAUGGAAGCCUGCCCUCCUAUAGCUCCUCCCACCAGACUCCUCAGGUGGAAAGUGGAAGUGACACAUUAUGGCCUAGAUACAUAUAUUAUAUUUUGAUAUUUUAUUUCUCCAGAUAUAUAUUAACAUCAGCAGUUGUUCAUAUUCAAUCAUGGUUCCAUCAACAUGUAUUUUUUCCUCUGUGUGACUCUGAAAUAUAUCCUAUUAUAUACUUAAGAUAUUUAUUUCAAAUGAUUGUCUUGUCCUGUGUUCUCAAUCUAUUCUAAAAUAUAGCUAUAUCAAAGUAUUUAUGAGAUAUUUAAAGAAUAAAUGGAUAUUGUUGUAUACAAUGUUA